AUGAAUCGGAAAAAGAAGAUGAAUUGGAAGAAGAAGAAGAGCACGAAGAAGAAAAAGAAAGAAGAAGCAAAUGGACUCAGACGAGGAUUUGUUGGUGACCAACUAGAGAACAAGGAUGAGGAGUAUAAUGAUGAUUAUGAUGGCGAGGAAAAUCGACAAUCUCCACAACAGCAGGAAGAAAUUCCUCAACCGGAUCAAACCCCCAGGAAGAACCACUUCAACCGGAACAAACAGAAGACGCUGAAGCAAUGCCUUCAGAUGCACAUGUCUCUUCUUUUGCACCGGUCAUGGUAA